UUUCAGUUGUUUUCCUUUGGGCGAUGAAAUUUAUAAAGUACAUUAUCACAAUUCUUCUGGCAUUUCUGGGAUUUUACAUGUUGUCAUGGAGGUCUUUCAACAACGGUUCAACCAAAAUUGAAAGUAAGUUUCUGUACUUGGAUUCAAGUAGAAGUGCACAUAACAUUUGUGCUCUUCCAAUCUAUGAUUAUUGGGAUACAUCUAUCAAAAAUGUAAUGCAUGAGUACAAUCCGGCUAGGAAUUGUUAUAAAAACUACGUUCAAUGGACGGAACUCGUGAACUCCACUUGGAGAAUCGUAAAAGAUGGUGCAAACUGUUUGGCAAGGUGUUUUUCUGGAAUUGGUGGCUCUAAAAAUGUAAAAAUUGGACCGUGGAUGAAGCCAGGACACGUGGAUUGUGAAUUCUUAGAGACAGUAUGCUGGGAGGAUAAUAUUGAAGUCUAUGGACACAUUCAUACUCAGAUCAUACCAAGAAAAGCUUCACCAACAAAGUUCAAAGAUGCUCCAAAUGUGUUCAUUUUCACAAUAGACGCAAUGAACACUGGAAUGGCCAAGCGAUCAUUUCCGAAGUUAUUAUCAUACUUCAAAAACGAAUUUCAAAUGAUUGAAUUCCCAUUUGUAAACAAAGUAGGUGAAAAUAGUCGACCCAAUGGAUUACCAUUAUGGUUCGGAAAAUCGAUUGAAGGUGGCAGGCGGGUGACGGGUGAUGAUGUAGAAGUUGACUGGGAUUGGAAUCAAUAUUGUGAGACAUAUUUGGAUAAUUCUUCACAUAUUUUUAAAGAUUUCAAAGAUCACGGAUACGCGACAAUGCUUUUCGAAGAUUGGGAAGGUAAUGUAGUAGAUUCAUGGCCAACUUGUGUUGGAUUUGAAGAACCACCAACUGAUCACACGUUUAGACCAUUUGCAUCUGUCAGUGAAACUCAUGGAAUGGAAAUUACUAAAAGACAUUUGAGUGGAAAGUUCUGUAGAGAAACUCAUCAUGCUAUUAUGGAACUGUUGGAACAAGGAAUAGAAGCAUAUAAAGACCGUCCAAUAUUCUCAUGGUUAUGGUUAGCAUGGGUUGCCCAUGAUUGGAUUGAUGGGGCUGCUCGAGUGGAUGAGUAUCUAGUCAACUAUUUCAAGAAACACAACAACAUGUUUGAUAAUUCUUUUGUCAUGUUUGUCUCUGAUCAUGGACUACGAACUGGAAAGCAUAUGCGUACUGAAAUUGGAGCAUUCGAACGAGAUAAUCCAUUCCUCUCAAUUUCAAUUCCCAAAAGAUUCCGUGCCACGAAAUUUGGAAUUUUAGAAACUUUAAAUUUUGAUUCAAAACAAUUACAAACUCAUUUUGACGUCAGAGCAACUUUAUUGGAUAUUUUGAAGUUUCAACCAACGUCUAAAUUCAUGGAUCGUCAACAGAAAAAUAUUCCUGAUGAAAAAGGACAUUCGUUAAUACGAAAACAACCAGAUUUUCCAAGAACUUGUGCAACUUUGCCAAUUCCACAGCAAUGGUGUAUUUGUCAGGUUGAUAAGUUUGAAAUUCAUAAUGAAACUUUAAAAAAUCACUUGGGUGAAAAAUUAUUAAACCACGUUCAUCGGAAGUUGAAGAAGUUAAACGUAUCGGAAAUUUGUGAAACAUUUCGGCUUAGCAAGGUGACAAGUUUGAUUGAAUAUGGAUAUGUUCGAACAAUGAGGACAUACAAAAUCUCUGUAGAAACUACAAUAUCAAGUUACGCCCACUUUGAAACAUUUGUGACUUAUGAUAUCGAAACAGAUAUUGCGAAAUUCGAAAAAGUGACUCGAUUGGAUAAUUAUGCGAUGACAACAGACUGUACAAAGCCUAUACGACAAAGUCCUUUGUGCUAUUGCAAAAAUAUUAAUUUUCCGUUGAGAAUAUUAUUAAGGAUGAUUUUAUGAUAAAAUUCAGAAUUAUUAGAA